AUGGCAAGCAACCGACGUGUGUGGGUUACUCUGGUUGAUGGCAAAGGUGACCAGCUGAUGUCGCCAGGCAAAGUGAGCGUCUCCCCCGACAGCGACGUCGACGAUCUCAAACAAGCUGUGAAGGCCAUGUACCACGACAGCAUCUUGGAGAGAAUCCCCCCACCUGCCCUUUCUGUCUACGCCGACCAGGCCGCGUUUGCCCGCAAUGAUGCUCCUCUUGCUGCCGAUGCAAGGGUUGAAGGUUAUGGCGAACAUUUGGCAAAUGCCAUCUUGGUGGUUGCUCCGUUCACAUCAAACAAGCGCCAACGUGGAGACGACGUCGAAACACAAGGAGCUCUGGAAAGCCCUGUAUCAGUGUUAAGCAACAAGGCUUGGCAAGCGUUCGUCUCAACUGCAAAGCCGACGUUGUCUGACUCCAACUUCUUUCACGCGCUUUGCACCGCUCCCAUCAAUCCAGUCGACAGAAUCGAGGACCUUCCAAUCGCUGAACCUGUUCCAGGCUGUAUCACCACGUUCACGGAUCCGAUUACGCAGGUCCAGGUGGUCUGCUUGCCGCACCGUUUGCCACGAUCCACUCUGAUUUUCAGCCACGUAGUUUUCAUCCGGCCUUUCACUGUCGCGAUGGUCAAAGCAAUGACCACAUGCAUGGAACCCCGCAUUGCUGUGGUUGGCAAUACUGGCAUUGGCAAGUCGUUCAUGCAGCUUGUGAUCCUAUUGUGGUGGGCGCGUCCAGAGCUACGUCCAGUGCCUGAAAACGUCGACGACGGGGCCGCUUUGGACAAGUUUUUGGAUGGCAUUCAAGCAAUCGCUCGCGUGGAGCGGGGCUCUUGUACGGAUUUGUUCUUCAAGCGCGAACAACUUCAUUACGUAGUCGACAAGGUCCAUCAAACACUCUUGGACCGUUUGGAUUCCACGUCGACCUUGCUCCUGUACGAACCGUGUGUUUCGAAGGAUGAGAUUGAGAUCUGUGGCAUCGCGGAUGGUCACGUGUGGGCUACAGUGUCGCCGUUGGAGCAACGGUACAAGGAGUUUUCCAAAACCAGAGCCGCCGUGAAGUACAUGGAAUGCCCUUACGAAGACGAGCUGGUGUUCAUGGCGGCCGUGAUGGUGAUUGGAGUGGAGCCGGAGUUGAAGCCACUGUACGAGGAGUCACUUGUCCGUGAACGGAUCCGAACGCGUGGUCCCUUCCUGCGGGUUGUGUUGCCUGAGAGCGUGGGUGUUUUGAAGGCUGAAGGUAAAGUGGGACGGAGUGAAUUGUCUGAGUUGACCUUGGAGAAACUCCAAAACACAUGGUUCAUCACCGAGGAGAGAAGUGUUGGUAUGAUGGAAAUCAGUGAUCGUAUCCUCCGCAUUUCACCCGAGUUGGACGGCGUGUUUGAGUCGUAUACCCUGAAGCCGGCGAACGAUCUUGUGACUGAACGUUUGGGCAAUUUGAUGUUCGACGUCGACGUGCGGGAACUCAAGAGGCAACUCAUCGCGUACGUUGAGGCGUUGGGACAUUCAACAGCAUAA